GGUCCUAAGCUGACAAAUUGGUCUGUGGACGCCAAACUUCCGUGCUAGGACUUUCUGCGUGUGGACCGGGGGCCUAGUCCUGCGUGGGUCCAACACAGACAGGAGAAAGCUGCCUGCUUUUGUGCCUCCCGGAGGUCCUGGUAGAAGCGAAACGGGGACAGGAGCUGCAGCGUCCCAAGCCCAGUGAGGCGAAGCUACUGGAGACAGCUCCGCCGGGUCCAAAGUUGGGCUCACCGGCUGGAACUUGAAACCCGAGCACGCCGGACUCCUGCUGAAGCCAUCAUCUCUCUCUCCUGGCCCCGGGCGCCUUGGCCGGCGGGCACAACUGGUUUCGGGGCCAAGGUGGUCUGGAAGCCUGACGGUGGCGUCUGGCCUGGGCUCCCGCGAGCGGAAAGGGUUCCCCUCCUGUGAGAGGGAAACUAUGGAAGUUCCUACGCCCGGAGCCAGAACUCCUGCUGCUCCCGCCCGACCCAAGGUCUAGCUUGGCGGCCUCCCACCUGUGCUUCUGAGGGUUCUGCUUCCAAGAGGCUGCUGGUGCCCGGGACACCAGCAGUUUCGCCAUGGGUGUUUCGCCAUGGGAGUUUCGCCAUGGGUGACUUUGGCCUGAGAUGCGCUCCAUGGAGCAGAUUCUGGAGUUGCUGGUGCUGGAGGAGUUCCUGACUAUCCUGUCCCAGGACAUCCACAGCAGGGUGCAGAAGCUGCAACAGGCGAGCUGUGAAGAAGCUGUAACUCUUUUAAAGUAUAUGUAUGACUUUUAAAAGAGAGAGCUUGUGAAACUGAGGGAAUAGGGCCUGAUUGGUUCAGCACCAAGUGAAGUCACGGUUACUAUGAUUACUCACGACUGCUCUCAGAACCUAAUGCCAACAGUCUGCAAGAUUCAAACACUGGCAACCAUCACCUGGCUUCCUUCUGGUUCAGAGCAGAAUAGGGUCCACAGAACUCGACCCUGGAAGAGAGAGUCGGGGUCAGGUCUUUGGGAGGUGGAGGGAUCGAAUGAGGGAACUGAUAUUCCAAGACUCCCCACAUCUUGGAGCUUCACUCGCCAGGCAUCCCGCGCUUUCCUGACAUCGCUUCCCCUAGUGGUGCAGCAGCGGAGAGCUUUGCUACCCAGAGCAGCAGGGAGGCGUGGCCACAGAGGCAGAGGCGUAGUCGAGCCGAGCCGAGGAAGAGGAAAGUGGCCUCCGGGGAAGCCAGAGCUGACUGAAGUGCUCUUGGGAAGAACAAUUCAUUGAUUUGGUACCAACCUGAUGCACCCUGAUUUGUCAAAGGUGGUACCAGGUGGGUGUCAGUGUCACAUACAAGAGUAAAACUGUUCCUAGAGCAAAUGACGAUGAGAGAGCUGAACACGGAUUCAUGCUCAAGCCCCCAGAUGGGGGCUAUGUGGGAGACUAGUGGGUCUGUGAAAGAGAACUCCAGUCAGAGUAAGAAAUACAGCACAAAAAUAGAGAAUCUUGGUCCUGAGAGCGCUUGCAGGCACUUCUGGAGCUUCCGUUAUCAUGAAGCAACCGGACCGCUUGAGACUAUCAGCCAACUUCAGAAAUUGUGCCAUCAGUGGCUGAGGCCAGAGAUCCACUCAAAAGAGCAGAUCUUGGAAAUGCUGGUGUUAGAGCAGUUCCUGAGCAUUCUGCCCAAGGAGACCCAGAACUGGGUGCAGAAGCAUCAUCCACAGAAUGUCAAACAGGCUCUGGUCCUGGUGGAAUUCUUGCAGAGGGAGCCUGAUGGAACAAAGAAUGAGGUCACAGCCCAUGAGCUGGGAAAGGAGGCAGUGCUCUUGGGAGGAACAGCAGUGGCCCCAGGCUUCAAGUGGAAGCCAGCAGAGCCCCAACCAAUGGGUGUGUUCCAGAAAGAAUAUUGGAAUACAUACCGGGUACUACAAGAACAGCUGGGCUGGAACACUCACAGAGAAACCCAGCCUGUAUAUGAAAGAGCUGUGCAUGAUCAACAGAUGUUAGCCCUUUCUGAGCAGAAAAGAAUCAAACACUGGAAGAUGGCAUCUAAACUCAUCCUGCCUGAGUCCCUGAGUUUGUUGACAUUUGAAGAUGUGGCUGUGUAUUUUUCUGAGGAAGAAUGGAAAUUAUUGAAUCCUCUUGAGAAGACUCUCUACAAUGAUGUAAUGCAGGAUAUCUAUGAGACUGUCAUCUCUCUAGGGUUAAAGCUAAAAAAUGACACUGGAAAUGAUCAUCCUAUAUCUGUUUCUACAUCAGAAAUACAAACAUCAGGAUGUGAAGUAUCAAAAAAGACCAGAAUGAAAAUUGCCCAGAAAACAAUGGGCAGGGAAAAUCCUGGUGAUACACACAGUGUACAGAAAUGGCAUCGAGCUUUUCCAAGGAAGAAAAGAAAGAAACUUGCAACUUGUAAACAAGAGCUUCCAAAACUUAUGGAUCUUCAUGGGAAAGGCCCCACAGGGGAGAAACCUUUUAAGUGUCAGGAAUGUGGGAAAAGCUUCAGAGUUAGCUCUGAUCUUAUUAAACACCACAGAAUUCACACUGGAGAGAAACCCUAUAAAUGUCAACAAUGUGACAGGAGGUUUAGAUGGAGUUCAGAUCUUAAUAAGCACUUCAUGACCCAUCAAGGAAUAAAACCAUAUAGAUGCUCAUGGUGUGGGAAAAGCUUUAGUCAUAACACAAAUCUACACACACACCAAAGAAUUCACACAGGAGAGAAGCCCUUUAAAUGUGAUGAAUGUGGAAAAAGAUUCAUUCAGAACUCCCACCUUAUUAAACACCAGAGAACUCACACAGGUGAGCAGCCUUAUACGUGUAGCUUAUGCAAGAGAAACUUUAGUAGGCGAUCGAGCCUUCUUAGACACCAGAAACUCCACAGAAGAAGGGAAGCAUGUCUAGUGUCUCCAAACUGAGGAAAGUUACCAUGUAGAGCUUGACCUUAGAAGUGGUGAAAGAAUACAAAAUUAUGAGGCACCCAAUGAUAGGAAUCUGUCAUUAAUAAAACAUUUGGGAAGGGUACAUGUUACACUUCACAAAAAGGAAUCUAAGCUGUCUGUUUUAUUCAGCAUUGCAUCUUCUGUGCCUAGCACAAGAGUUGAUACAUAAGGAGUAUUUUAUAAAUAAAAAAAUGAAAGUGUAGUGAUGAGAUUCCUUUAGCUAUCUAUCUAUAUGUAUAUAUCUGGUUAUUCAAAGCUCCCCCACCCCCAGUCAUCUAAAUUUUUCAGGUAUCAAGUGCUCAACAGACAUAUGAUAGUCAAGGCUCUUGGUCUCAUUUUUUACUCUUUGUCAAGAGAAAUGGAAAAUAAGAGUACUUGGGCCCUCUUAAGGGAGCUCAGAGAGAAUUACUAAAUUAGGGACAGUUUCAAUAGUUAUCAUUCUAUCUACAUGAACAAUCAAGACCAGGACUCAGGGAACUUUACUCUGUAACAGAAAGAGAGGAUUCAAUGUUUGCCCUGGGAGAAUUGUCCCAUUCUCGUUGCUUCUCUCCUGAGUACCCACUACCACAGUGUCUUCUGUCAAGGAAUUACAAGUAGCAAGGGAAGGUCUGAAUGUAAGGACAGGCCUAGGGACCUUGCAAGCACUUGAUAUCUCUCCUCUUGCUGACUUUGUCAACAUAGACAUAUAGUGAAAUGAUGAGGGAGGCAGUCUUGGCCCUCAUCCAGGCAUCUGUUUUUUUUUUUGUAGAAAGCACAGAUAAGUGGUAAAUGGUCUUUUUCUGACUUUCAUUAUGUGGACUGGAUGGAGGCUUUCAAACUGGUGCCAUACUGCUGCAGGACCUAAAGGGAGCCCCAUCUUUAUGGCUGAUCAACUACAACCCUAUAUGCCUGAAUACUCUGCAAGAAGGCCUGGAGAUUUUGCAAAACUGAUUUAUUGAGAAUGGCAAGGAGAGCCUUGUGAACUUUUAGCUUUGGUGCACAGCUGAUACCAGGAGGGAACAUCCUGAAGUGUCAGAGCAAAGUAAGGCAUAUGGCUCAGAGUGAUGACGCCAGUCAGAGCCAGGCCAGAUGGAAAUUGUUUUCUGAUGUUACUGGUUUUCUUUUCCCUAUUAGCCAAAGUGACUAUCUCUUAAAAGAAGAUAAUGUGACGUCAAGGGAAGUUGGAAGGCAUGGAUUUGUAUCUAUGUCAGAUCCUGGUUUAUAAUGUUGGCCAAGGCUUAUUUAUAUAUGUUUAUUUAGUAUUCCAUAAAAUUGUACUUUGUAAUGAAAAUGACAUGUUUUAUGUUAAAUUUAGACAAUAAACAAAACUUUGUUACCAAA